UUAUUUGUGUUACAUAUCUCGCAUUAAGGUCAUUAGUUUAUUAUAAAUAUAAUAAUUUAUUCAAUGACUUAACAGCUUGACCACAUUGCAGUAGUCUGUGUGAGAGUGGUGCGUGAACUUCUGCAAGAUGUUGUCUAAAGGAAGGAUCCUUCUUCGGAAGCAAAACGUUUUCCUCAGAUCCGUGCAUCUGGAGAGCUCCAACGUUAUUCAGACCAAGUGCGAUGUUAAUUCGCCCAAAUAUAACGAAAACCAUGCUUACAUGUCAGAUAUAGUUAAUGAGUUGAAGACGAAAACUCAAACUUUGCUGAUGGGUGGCGGUGAGAGGGCUGUGAAAAGACACACCGCAAAGGGUAAAUUGUUGGUCAGGGAUCGCAUCAACAAGUUGCUGGACAAGAACUCCGCCUUUCUGGAGUUGUCCCAAUUUGCUGGUCAUGAAAUGUAUGAUGAUUCGAUUAACAGUGGAGGCAUUGUUACUGGAAUUGGUAGAAUUCAUGGAACGGAAUGUGUGAUCGUUGCGAACGAUGCAACCGUGAAAGGUGGUACUUAUUACCCGAUGACUGUUAAGAAGCAUCUUCGUGCACAAGAAAUCGCGCAAGAGAACAAAUUGCCAUGCAUCUAUUUGGUGGACAGCGGUGGCGCCAAUCUGCCUCAUCAAUCCGAAGUCUUCCCAGACAAAACACAUUUCGGUCGUAUUUUCUUCAAUCAAGCAAACAUGUCUGCAGAAGGCAUUGCACAGAUUGCCGUAGUCAUGGGUUCUUGCACUGCUGGAGGAGCGUACGUUCCGGCCAUGGCCGAUGAAUCCAUCAUCGUGAAACAACAAGGAACGAUUUUCUUGGCUGGACCUCCUCUUGUAAAAGCAGCCACUGGAGAAGAGGUAUCUGCCGAAGAUUUGGGCGGUGCCGACAUGCAUUGCUCCACGUCUGGAGUUACAGAUCACUACGCUCUGAAUGACGAGCAUGCCUUGCAUCUGGCCAGACAAUUAAUCAAGAAUCUAAAUAAGAAACCCACCAAUGUAUUCAACGAGGCCUUCGAGCCUCCAAAAUAUGACGCUGAAGAGCUGUACGGAAUCAUCGAUCAAGAUCUAUUCAAAUCAUUUGACGUGCGCGAGGUCAUCGCCAGAGUGUUCGACGGCUCCAAAUUCGACGAAUUUAAGAAGCGGUACGGCGAAACGCUUGUCUGCGGUUUCUCAAAACUGUACGGCAAAACGGUGGGAAUCAUCGGAAACAAUGGGGUGCUGUUCUCAGAAAGCGCAAUUAAGGGCGCGCAUUUCGUGCAACUCUGCACGCAACGUAACAUUCCAUUGAUUUUCUUACAAAACAUCACAGGUUUCAUGGUAGGAAAGCAGGCGGAAAUGGGUGGAAUCGCAAAGAAUGGAGCGAAAUUGGUAACGGCUGUAGCUUGCGCCAAUGUUCCGAAGAUUACUUUGGUAAUUGGUGGAUCUUACGGUGCCGGAAACUAUGGAAUGUGCGGAAGGGCUUAUUCUCCGAGAUUCUUGUACAUGUGGCCAAACUCCCGCAUCGCCGUCAUGGGAGGUCCUCAAGCCGCUGGCGUCUUAUCCCAGGUAGCUGUUAAGGCCAAGAACAAGGAUUGGAAGCAAGAGGAUGUCGACGAAUUCGAAAAACCCAUCAUCGAAAAAUUCGACAAGGAAAGUUCUCCAUACUACAGCAGCGCCAGAAUCUGGGAUGAUGGUAUCAUAGAUCCAAAGGACACCAGGAAAGUGCUCGGCCUGAGUUUGGCAGCAGCUCUGAACGCCGAAACAAAAAACACCAAAUUCGGUGUAUUCAGGAUGUGAAAAAAAUACAUUUUCUUCAUUCCUUGCCUGAUAACAUUGUGUAUCUCAUAUCAAAGCAUUUAUAAUGUUACAUAUUUUAAAAUAAAAUUCUAUAGCGUUGAA